GAAGUGAAGAAGAAGAACGACGCUUAUUUGCUUGUAACAUUUUAAUAUGUGCUAAUUUAAGCAAAAUUAGAGUUCAAAGCUUUUAAAAUUAAUAACCAGUUAAAGCACAAGUGUUAAUUGUUCAGAAAACAUGUGUUUCUGAGUUUUGUUGCCCCUUUUUUCAGUGAAAAAAAAAGAGAAAAUGUAGUUCAAUUGCAAGUGUGUGUGUGUGUGUGUGUGUGGUGACGCUUUGCAAAAAGUAUAGCUUUUCAUUAAAUCUACAUAAUAAUCAAUAAAGGACUUGAAAUUACUAAAUUAUUGCAAUUAACAAAACAAUCAAUCAAUUUAGUUAGUUUGACUAGGCAAAGGAGACAGGUAGGCAAUACAUUCUGCACCUUAUCGUCAAAUCAAUGUUGUGUGAAACUUUGGAAACGAGACCUACUCAGAUUUUGCGUUAGCCGCCAAACUUGUGCUGGAAUUUUCGAGUGCUCCACGUGGGUCACACUGUGUGAAUUCGGGAACGCGUACACAACACGGAGCGGAGUGCGCCGAGAAAAAAUAAAAGCGGAAAAGCCACCACCAGAGUGUGGAAAGGAAAAGGAAAAGCUGAUUGAGAGGGUCCCCAAAAAAACACACACAGCCAGCAUUCUUCGCGAUUCUCCAGAACCUUUUUAUUCGGCUGCACUUUUCUGUGGACCGAACCGCAGUACUUGAAGCCUUUGAGUAGGAUAAAAUUGCAUGGUUUGCUGAGUGUGUUGCCCCAGGCUCUGUCACCUGGUCAGCCUGUCCGCCCCCAUCCUUGUCCCGCCCCCGAAAAAAUAAAAUAAAAUCAACAUCAGCGGGGGAUGAGCGCGAUUGUUGUUGGGCAGGUGAGCAGGUGUUCCCAAAACAAGAACAAAAUCGAAGCAACAUGAGAUAAAAGCCUCAGCGCCCUCAGCAUAAUUUAAAUCGCACAAAAAUCGAAUCGAAACGAAAACGAGAAAAUCGGCUCCUUCGUGAGAGAGCCCAGUGCAUGUGUAUGUGUGUAUGUGAGUGAGCAGCAUCCUGGAAGCCAGAAAAAGACAGGAAAAAUAACAAAAAUAUCAGGACAUCAUCGCAGCAGCAUCAUCCCUGGGAAUGGAGACAUGUCGGGAUCGGGAUCAGGAUCAGGAUUAGCCAGAACAGCAUCCUCCGAUGCCACCGCAUCAUAGACAUAGAUACACACCCUGCUUUUGUCCAGGCAGCGACGCAUAAUGCAGUGAUUAUAUACCGCUCGCCUCGUCUCUCGUGCAAUCCAGUCGUCCCAACCAGUCGUCCCCAGUGACAAUUAGCCCCUGGCCCCCGGCAAUCCACCCUGCAAUCGUCCACCUACAUCAGCUCCUGCCCCAAGGACACCCAUAGCCAUAACCAUAGCCACAAUAGGCAUAGCAAUAGAGGUGACGAACAGAACCACAGAUCCCGAAUCGCAUCAAGAUGACCACGGACUUUCUGUUCCCUAAGAUAGCGGACUGCUCAUAUGUGUCCUGUUACUGCGAGGAGAACGUGUGGAAGCUCUGCGAGCAGGUGAAGCGGACGCGGCCCGAGGAGCUGUCCAAGUGCUACGCCGUAUUCGUGUCCAACGAGGGUCGCACCGUGCCCCUUUGGCGCCAGAAAGCCGGACGCGGCGACGAUCAAGUUGUGAUAUGGGACUACCACGUCUUCUUCAUGCACAAUCCCUCGCUGAAUCGCUGUUUGGUGUUCGAUCUGGACACCACGCUGCCCUUUCCCACAUACUUCCACAAGUACGUGACGGAGACAUUUCGCUCCGAUCUGGCCCUGCGACCGGAGCACCACAGAUUCUUCAGAGUCAUACCCGCAGACACAUAUCUCAUUGAGUUCUCGUCGGACCGGCGUCACAUGCGUCGGCCGGAUGGCAGUUGGAUCAAGCCGCCGCCCUCAUAUCCACCCAUUCUCUCGAAUACCAACAUACACUGUCUGGGCGACUUUAUCUGCAUGAGUGCAGGAAAAGGUCCUGGCGCGGUCUACAGCCUCUCGGAAUUCGUGCAGAACUUCUACAAGUCGCCCCACGUGAUGGCGCAGAACAACAAGUAGAGGAGGGCUCAAGGACCCGGGGAUCUGAGUUCAACAUCCCACUGAUGCAGAACGCAUCCAGCAACGCAACCACAUCCAAAUGCAAAUGCAAAUACAAAUCCGUAUCGAAAUCGAAAUCGUUUUGUCGUUGUCGUUACCAGACAGUUAAUUACCAAUUGCAUACAUAUACAUACAUACAUAUACACGCGAACAUAUAAAUAUAUUUAUGAUAAUGUAUUUUUGUAUUCAGGUUAACAAAAAAAUCAAGUGCAGAAGAAGGUUAAAACGCAAAUGCUGGCGCCACGCAGUUCUUUGCGUUCAUUUGCAUUGAAAUUUGAUUCUAAAGAAAUUAUAAAUCUAAUUAUACAUUUUUUAUUGUACGUAUAUUGUAUUGUAUUCGAUAAAAGCAACCACACACACA